AUGUCAAUCCGACUUGCAACCUACCUGUUAUUGACUCUCGGCAAUCCUGCCUUGAGUCGAGCCGCGCCCCAAUACCAUGAGCAAAUGAGAGCUCCCAUUAACCAACCACUAUUCCAUGAAUUCGACUCGAAUGGCGCCUGGUACGAGCAAGUUGCCACUCUUGACGGAAGCUCGGCCUCAGUUAAGAACACCAAUGUCUCCAUUGCCAUCGUUGGAGCGGGCAUCUCUGGUCUCGCCACAGGUCUGAUGCUGGACAGUGUCGGUGUUCAUAACUGGGAACUCAUCGAGGCCAGCGAACGCGUAGGAGGCAGAUUCAGAACCAUCUUCGUUGGCGACACAGAGGAAUUCGCAGAGAUGGGCCCAAUGAGGCUGCCAUACAAGGUCACAUACAAGAGCGACAACUCCACGCACGAGUAUACGGAUCACCAGAUGACUUUUCAAUUGGCCGCGCUGCUCAAUGAAAUCAACAACUACGACCCUGAUCUGAUGAUCAAUUUCAUUCCCUGGAUCCAGCAUCAUCCAAAUGAGCUUAUUGCUCUCGGGACUAAGAGGCACCCAGAUGGCAGAGUCCCAACCCGCGCGGAAAUUGCAGCAAACUCCAGCUUGGGUGCACCUCCUAUCAUGAUGUCAGCUGAGUACAACACCACCAAGAAACAGAUGAACAAAAUCCUCAAGAACGAGACUCUCUUGAGAGAGAUUCAAGCGGAUGUCUGGACUGUGCAUAAGCGAGUUAUGGAUGAGGGUUACGACGACUGGAGCGAGCAGUCCUUAAUGCGCAAUCGAUUCCAGGCUGGCGAGAAUGUCACCGAUGCUAUUUGGACUGCGACCGACUAUGAUGUGUUCUGGGAUGAGAUGGUUCACAACUCCAACCUUGGGCUCGAUGGGUCACCAGACUCUCUCGGAGAGACCGAGUGGAAGUGCGUUGAUAAAGGUUUCAACCGUAUCUCGGAUGCCUUUAUUCCGCAUGUCUCCAGCCGCCUCACUCUCAACAGAAAGAUCCGAAAGCUGGAGUCAUUUGAGGGACUUGAUGGUCGCACGCUCACUCGUCUGUCUUGGUAUCCCAAUACGAAGAAUAGGACACUCGAGUCCAAAGAGUACGACUAUACCAUAAUGGCCGUCCCUUUCACCAUGACUCGUUUCAUGGAUCUACCUCAAUUCUCCUCCGUCCUCGAUCGGGCUAUCAGUGAAGCCGGCCUGCGAUUCAAGUCGGCUUGCAAGGUUUCGCUCUUAUUCUCUGAGCGGUUCUGGGAGAAAGGUGAGCGACCUAUCUUUGGCGGUUAUUCCAGGCCUGAAGACAAGGCCGUGGGAGCCUUGUAUUACCCUGUCUACGGCUUGAAUGAGUCUCGUCCCGGCCUCAUCACACAUUACCGAGGAGGAGACUGGAGCGACAGAUUUCUUAGCUUCACUGAAGAAGAGCACGUGGGCUUGGUAUUGGAUUCUAUUGCCAGCCUCCACGGUGAAGAGGCUCGUGAUCUGUACACCGGGGAUUACGCACGCCUCUGCUGGCUCGAAGACGAGCACACGGCUACCUCCUGGUGUCGUCCAGACAUUCAGCAGCACAAGCUGUACAUUCCGUCAUAUCACCGAACGGAGCACAACACCAUUUUCAUUGGCGAGCACACAGCCCCGACACAUGCAUGGAUCAGCUCGUCGCUGCACUCCGCCGUGAGAGGUUCGGUGCAGCUACUACUGGAGUUGGGAUUGAUCAAUGAAGCAAAGGAACUCAACGCUAGGUGGAUGGGUAGAUGGAUCAAAGAAGGAAAAUGA